AUGAAAUGGGCAAAGAUCUGCAGUGGAGCAUUGAUAUCAAUUAUGAUCGGUAUAUUCACCGUCGUUACCACACUUCAACAUGGUGCUCUAGCAAAACUGCAGUAUGAACAAAAACAACAGUUCUCGGAAAGACAAUAUGAGCAAAGUCGCGAACAAUCUGUCGAUUCACAACGAGAAACUAUGUUUACAUCUUACAUUGAAGACAUAUCGAAAAUGUUACAUACAACAAGUAUCACAAUAGAAGACUUGCGAUAG